CUAGGCUAGCUCGGCGGCUAGCAUCUGUGCUCAGUGUAAUUAGCUGAGACGCACCGGCUCCAUCAACAUCACGGUGCUGUUGGGACCGAACUGACUCUCAAAACCCGCACACACACACGGCUCGGACACACCGAAGGGACGCAGAGUAUAGGCAUUAAAUUAUCAAAUAUCUGAAGAUGAUUAAGCUCUUUUCCCUGAAGCAGCAGAAGAAAGACGAGGAAUCUGCUGGAGGAAACAGAACAGGAGCCGGGGGUAAAAAAGCCAGCGCGGCCCAGCUCCGAAUACAGAAAGACAUCAAUGAGUUGAACCUGCCAAAGACGUGUGAGAUCAACUUCCCCGAUGACGAUGACCUCCUCAACUUCAGACUCAUCAUCUCACCAGACGAGGGAUUUUACAAAGGAGGAAAGUUUGUCUUCAGCUUUAAGGUAGGACAGGGUUACCCCCACGACCCCCCCAAGGUAAAGUGUGAGACGAUGGUGUAUCACCCCAACAUCGACCUGGAAGGAAACGUCUGCCUAAAUAUCUUAAGAGAGGACUGGAAGCCUGUGUUGACAAUAAACUCCAUCAUCUACGGUCUACAGUAUCUAUUUCUAGAGCCUAACCCUGAGGAUCCGUUGAACAAGGAGGCAGCAGAAGUCCUCCAAACGAACCGGCGGCUCUUCGAGCAGAACGUCCACCGCUCUCUGAGGGGCGGCUACGUGGGCGCCACCUACUUCGAGAGGUGUCUUAAAUAACUCGACGUCCCAUGAUUCUCCAGACUCCCCACCCCUCCCCUACACUCCUCACCUCCCCCCCCCCUCUGCCUCACCCCUCCUCCUCCUCCUCCUUCCCCUUUUACUCCUCAGUCCUGCUCGUUGGCAGAAGCAGGAGCUGCGCCGAAAGAAAGCAGCACGCCAGAAGACGCUUUCUGUUUUAAAACAAAAGAAGACGACGAAGAAACCCCACCCUCCCUUCUUCCUCCUCCCUUUCGUCUCCCCCUCCUCCCCCCUCCUCCCAUAUUUCUCUCUGUUUUACUUCCAAGACGCCGCAUUCAACCGUUUACACACCCCAGGGGGACGCCGACACAACACACACCGAAACUGGACUUGAAAAGAUGGCCGACGGCGAACGGCGGCCGAGGGUGAUGAUGCAGGACGGAGGGGGAGGGGGAGGCAGGUGUGGGUGGUCAGUGAAUGUUGCUGGGGGGAGUCAGUGAAUCAGAGAGCGCCACAACACUGAUGAUGAUGAUGAUAGCCACAUGAUUUUCUUUUAUUUUUUAUUUGUGUGUGUGGCGAAGACACCUGCAUUAGACAGGUGGUCAGAAGGACACGCCCCCUCCCCCUCGCCACCUUUUUGUUUGUUCGUAACACGUCGGCCGGCAGCAAACUCCAAACUCACAAACGGCGUUCUUGACAAACAACAGUUCAUCCGUUCGCCUAGGAUUUCUGUGAAGCGAUGCAGCUAUAGCGAUGGUUGCCUGGCAACCUCUCAGUGGCGAAAAGACUUAAGGUCACUACGGUCGGCUGUUGUUCGCCAAGAAAUAGUCCCGUCCCCCCCCCUACAACCACAAAUUAUCAUAGGCUAGCAGUGACCGCACAGGGGGAGGGGCUUGAUGGAGUAGGAGGGGCUUGUGAGCAGACGAUCCUUUAAAAGACAGACAGACUGGAGGGAGGGGCUUGUUAGGGUGGGAGGGGCUUUGAGUCUCAACGCCUUAAGACGAAGUUUCCUCAAGGCGAGACGUGGACUCAGUAACGCCACAGCUAGGGGGAGGGGUCAGCCGAGUGGGAGGGGCUCGUGAGUCACAACACGAUCAGGCACGCCUUAAAAAGUUCCUUAAAGUGAGACGGCAACGCGCAGUUCUCAGCCUGCGAUGACUCGACAGCUGUUGGUAUGAUGAUGUCAGCGUGGGAGGGGCUUGUUAGUCCCAAUAGGAGCAGGCGCACCUUGAAUGUCCCUUGAGGCUUGACGUCGAUGCAGAUUUGUUCUCAAACUACAAUAACCAGAAGUAAAUGGGAACCUGGCAGUCGGUCACAUGAUCACAUGAUUAGCUACAGGUGUGACAGAGGUGUGUGACAGAGGUGUGCGACAGGUGUGACAGGUGUGCGACAGGUGUGACAGGUGUGCGACAGGUGUGACAGGUGUGCUACAGGUGUGACAGGUGUGCGACAGGUGUGACAGGUGUGUGACAGCUGUGACAUGUGUGCGACAGGUGUGACAGCUGUGACAGGUGGAGGUGAAUAAGUCUGAGCGGCGUUCAGCCGACAGAACAGGUGAAUUUGGCUGAAGUGACGUGUUUUUGCUCGACAUGCGGAGAUGAAGUUUGGAGUUUGCUGCUAAAUCACAUAAACACAGAGUCAGCGUCAGGGGCGGAGCGUCGGGCGGGCGGGGGCAGUGUGUUUGUUUAAAGGGAGGGGCUAUGGGGGCGGGGAGGAGCUUUAGAUUUUCAGUUUGGCGGGUGGGAGGGUUGUUGUGGGCGGGGUCACAGAGGGGCGGGGCUUAACGUGUUAGGAUUCUGUGUAUAUUGAAACCCCAGCUGUUCACAUUGACUGCAAUAUGAUUUAUGUUAAAUAAAAUAUGAACUUGAA